ACUACUUAUUUGAUCUUAUUGUUACCAGCUGUUUGACGGAAUGUCUCACUGGCAUAAUUUGGUUUCUGAUCGAUUCUGGUUAGGAGGAGUUUUUUGCAAGUGCCAUGGCCGUUUUUGGUGUGGAUUGCUCGUACUCGAAAUUAGUUCCUAAGCUGAUUGCUAGUAUUUCGACUUUGUUCAGUAGUGUAGCUUGUUCUGAGCUGAUUUUGGUUUUAAUUUAGUCUUAUGUAGAUACAUAAAAAGGAAUUGUGUUUGAUUACGGAAAAUAUGUGUUUGAAUUGGGAUUUUUGGGGACGGAUGCUGGAUCUUGAAAAUCAUUCUCCAGUUUAAGUUAUUGAUUUUAGACACGGAUGUAGUUUCAUCGUCCCAUUUCCAUGCAGCAGGCCUCCUGAUAGUCUUUAGACUUUGAGGCUGAAAUUGGAGCAACUCUUUAUGUGUCACCAUAGAAGUUGUGGAAGAAAUGUCAGGUGAAAAGAUAAUUAGUUUUUGGGAAAUCUGAUAAGAAAUGAUCAUUAAUGGAGAAUUGUUACAACAACACUACUAAUGUGGAUUUUCUUGAAUUGCUUGAAGCAACUGAGGUGCUUCAGCCGUAAUUGCACACAGUUCUCUUUUUCUUUUUUCUUAGUUAAGAAAACAAAUAGAGGAAGAUUUCUGUCGUUGGAACAAGAAGAGAGCUUUGCCACAACAGUGCUAAUUCUACAAGAAUAAGAGUGCAGAGCCACAUUAUGACACAUUGUUUUAAAUUUAAAUUUUACUAGAAUAUUUUUCUUUUACUACAAUUAAGUCAGUGGGGAACACAGGCAGGACAGGAUGGUUGGAAAUCAAAUUUAAAAUAUUUCGUGCUCAUGCCAUUUAUCACAUGGUUUCCAAGGAAUGAUAAGUACCAGCCUGCAGUUGAAUUGCCACAGACUAAGAUAUGCACUCAUCAUGUAAUCCUAAUACCUUUCUGAAAAGCGCUUUAGUAAAUCAUGGAUCGUUGGAGUGGAGUCUUGAGAAUUCAGUUGCAUCCAGAUACCAGCACUUUCUACAGAGUUGCAGCAUCCCUCGGCCUCUCUUCUUCUCGGAAGAACCUUGCAGUACCUUCUGGAAAUGCAAUAUUCUUCAGUGGAGAUCGAGUAGAACGGACAGAAAAUCCAGUCAUUGAGAGAUUAUCUGAUCCUCAGAAGAUUGCUGAAAUUUUAGUUUCAAAAUUUGGCGGAUCUAUUAAUGCUUAUGUUGUGGAGGCUUCCAUUUUCAAUGGACCUUUUGCUGUUUAUAAGGAUUUUAUCCCAUCUGUAAAUGAGCAUGGAGAGCCAAAAUCUUAUGAUGCCACUGGGUUCCCAGCUUCUACAUCACUGGUACUGCUCUUGUCCAAGUUUCUUGCAGAGGCAAAAAAUGUCAUUUUGGGGAAACAGAAAGAACCAUACCAGGCUGAACAAUCAUCCUUUUUGUGCAAACCGAAAACAGCACUUCUUGGAUUUAGUAAGGGCGGUACUGUACUGAACCAGCUCAUAACUGAGUUUGGGUACUCCGAAGUCCAAUCCACAGAAUUCUCCACUAAAGCAAACAAAAUUGUGUCAAUUGUUGGACUUGCUGCGAACGAGGACGAGCGGAUUAUACCCACCUCAAAAGAGGACCUCUUCAACAGCAUAGCUGAAAUUCAUUAUGUGGAUGUUGGCUUAAACUGUGAAGGAGCUUAUCUCACUGAUAAAGACGUGAUUGACAGAAUUUCCGAACACCUCACUCAAAGAGCUUCCGGCAUCCGAUUUUUUUUCCAUGGAACACCCAGACAAUGGUGUGACGAGAGGCGAAUUUGGAUCCGUAAGGAGAAGGACGCCCUAGUUCGACUCCUCAAGAAAGCUGCUCAUAAGAAUAUGGGAAAAUUACAUCUUCGUGAACGAUUAUACUUUCCUGGUAAACUUCCUGAUCUGCCGAUGCAUUUUGAAAUUCUCGACAUUAUGGAUGUCAGUUAAGUGAAGUAAUCCCAUUAUAAAUGUAUCCAGUAUUUGGUGUUUGCCGUCGUCUCUGUUUCAUCAGCUUAAUCUCGUUGUACAGCAUAGGGAAAGGAAUUGCGUUUUUCAGUAGCCACAGUUCAGUUUAUCACAUCAGUCUGAAGAUUUACUGUUGUAUAAAUAUAUCGAUGACAAAACCCCCAGAGAUUAAACAUAAAUAUGUAAGAUGUUGUAUUAAACCAGUGUAGGAGGUAGAAAUAGUUGGCCCAAUGCAUUAGGACUCGGUGUGCAAGCAUUUGGAACUAUCACAUUUAUUCUAUUGCGCU